AUGGAGUACGUCAACCAGCGUAUCGCCCAAGAGGCCAACCGCAACCCCCAAGAUGCCUUCACCGGCCUCAUCACGCCGCUCAACCUCAUCCUGGCCGCCAUCACGCUGUACGCGACGUACCAGCUCUACAAGCCCGCGCCGCCGGCCAAGCUGCCGCGUGAGCCGCCCGCCACCGUCUUCAAGACCUUCACCCCGCACACGCUGCUGCCCUACAACGGCCUGAACAACAUGCCCGUCUACCUGGCCGUGCGCGGGCGCGUCUUCGACGUCACCAGCGGCCGCAACUUCUACGGCCCCGGCGGGCCCUACGAGAACUUUGCCGGCCGCGACGCCUCGCGCGGCCUGGCCUGCCACAGCUUCGACGAGGACAUGCUGACCAAGGACCUCGACGGGCCGCUGGACAAGCUGGACGGGCUCGGCGAGGAGGAGUUCGAGAGUCUGAGGGGCUGGGAGGAGAGGUUCGAGAGCAAGUACCUGGUUGUGGGCCGCUUGGUCGCUGUGGGUGACAAGUAG